CUGAUGGAGAACUACACCUACAACAGCUACACCCUCCAACUGGAGGGGUUAAAGGUUACAGAAGAGUCUACAUACCCUGUCUUCUUCUUUUUCGUUUUCUCCUACCUGUUCAUAAUGAUAGCAAAUGUUGGUAUUGUAGUUCUGGUUUUUAUUGACAAAAACCUCCACCAGCCCAUGUAUCUGCUGUUUUGCAACCUGCCCUUAAAUGAUGUGCUUGGAAACUCUAUCAUGGUGCCUCGGUUGAUGUUGGACUUGUUGCGUCCCCCCUCUGAGCGCCUCAUCAGUUAUUAUGAAUGUGUGGUCCAAGCUUUUAUCUCACAUGUAUUUGGGACCACCUCCCACACGGUGCUCAUGAUCAUGGCCUUUGACAGGUAUGUGGCCAUCUGUGAUCCCCUGCGCUAUGCCGCCAUAAUGACCAACCAAAUGGUGAUGAAGCUGACAGUUUCUGCCUGGGGGGUGGCCUUAGUGAUGGUUGGGAUUCUGCUCGGUCUGACCAUCCGGCUGAACCGAUGCAGGACUCUGAUCACAAACCCUUACUGUGACAAUCCCUCUCUGUUCAAACUCUCCUGUGAGGAUGUGUCUAUUAAUAACAUCUAUGGCCUCGUUUUCACUGUAGUUCUGUUCUCAGGCUCUAUAGGCAGCACGGUUCUCACCUACACUAAGAUUACAGUAGUGUGUCUGAUGAGUAACAGCAAGUCUCUGAACAGUAAAGCCUUAAAAACCUGCAGCACUCAUCUCUUUACAUAUCUAAUUAUGUUGUUAAGUGGACUGCUGAUCAUCGUCCUGCAUCGCUUCCCUCAGUAUUCAGACCAACGAAAAAUGGCCUCCAUUUUGUUUCACAUCAUCCCCGGCUUUCUCAACCCCAUUAUUUAUGGCGUGCAGUCUAAAGAGAUUUGGAAAUUCAUGUCACAAUCAUUCCAGUUCAAAAAGGUUUUUCCGUCAUUCAAAUGGGGAGCUGGUGAGGCGUGCCUGUGGCCGGUGACGUCAUGCGUGACGCCGCCGGCCGAGGCCGACACUGGUGGCGGGGGACCCGGAAGUGCCGGAGGGCCAGCGGUUGCCGCCUCCGGGAGACGGCCGCGCCACGGAGGAGGGCGCGCAGCGCCGAGGAGAGUAGCGGGCGCCUCUACGGGAGGAAGGCUGACGACAACUGAGAGUGUCAACGCCGAUCCCCGUGGCUCCGAUUUCCCGACCUUACAGACAGAGGGGGAGAUGCCUGGAAGCCGCUGGAAGCCGGGGAUCGUUCUGCGGAGGAGAGGAGAUCCGGGCGAAGCCGAGGCCCCGCGGACCGCAAUCGGCGCCGCUGAGACAUAUGACGGGAUCCGACAGCUGCGGCGUGACUGA